GUGAAGGCAGAGAUGGAGACCCUGGUGCGGGAGAAGGGGGUGAACUCCUUCCAGAUGUUCAUGACCUACAAGGACCUGUACAUGCUGCGGGACAGCGAGCUCUACCAGGUCCUGCGCGCCUGCCGCGACAUCGGCGCCAUCGCCCGCGUCCACGCCGAGAACGGAGAGCUGGUGGCUGAGGGAGCCAAAGAAGCACUGGAUCUGGGCAUCACGGGGCCAGAAGGCAUCGAGAUCAGCCGGCCUGAAGAGCUGGAAGCUGAGGCCACGCACCGUGUCAUCACCAUUGCCAACCGGACCCACUGCCCUGUGUACCUGGUGAACGUGUCCAGCAUGUCUGCGGGGGAUGUCAUUGCUGCUGCCAAGAUGCAAGGGAAGGUGGUGUACGCGGAGACGACCACGGCGCACGCCACGCUCACUGGGCUGCACUACUACCACCAGGACUGGUUCCACGCCGCCGCUUACGUCACCGUGCCGCCGCUGCGCCUCGACACCAACACCUCCGCCUACCUCAUGAGCCUGCUCGCCAACGACACGCUGAACAUCGUGGCCUCGGACCACCGGCCCUUCAGCACCAAGCAGAAGGCCAUGGGCAAGGAGGACUUCACCAAGAUCCCCCACGGUGUCAGUGGGGUGCAGGACCGCAUGAACAUCAUCUGGGAGCGCGGCGUGGUGGGGGGGAAGAUGGAUGAGAACCGCUUUGUGGCUGUGACCAGCUCCAACGCCGCCAAGAUCCACAACCUGUAUCCCCGCAAGGGCAGGAUCAUCCCCGGUGCUGAUGCCGACGUUGUGGUCUGGGACCCUGAGGCCACCAAGACCAUCUCGGCCAGCACCCAGGUGCAGGGGGGGGACAUCAACCUGUACGAGAACAUGCGGUGCCACGGAGUGCCCCUGGUCACCAUCAGCCGUGGGCGAGUGGUCUACGAGAACGGUGUCUUCAUGUGUGCCGAGGGCACCGGCAAGUUCUGCCCCCUCCGCUCCUUCCCGGACUCCGUCUACAAGAAGCUGGUGCAGCGGGAGAAG